AUGUCUGAACCUCUCGAGACAUCCCCGGCUUCAGUCGUAACUGAGGACACCGAAAUUCCCCAAUCGUCCGUCGAUCCAUCCGUUUCGUCUCCUACAGAAGAUAAUGUCCCAGAUCAACAACAACAACAACAACAACAACAACAACAACAACAACCGCAGCAACAGCAACAGCAACAGCAACAACCUGGCUCCUCUGUUACACCUGAUCCAGUACCAGCUAGCGCAACCGAUGGGGGUCGUGAAGUCAGUAAUGAAACCUUAUACGUUGGCGGCUUGCACAAAUCUGUCACUGAGGACAUGUUGGCAGAAUUGUUUCAAAUCAACGGACCAGCUCCCAGCAUAAGAAUCUUGAAUGACAAGAAUAAACCGGGGUUCAAUUAUGCUUUUAUUAAGUUUGAAACUCCAGCUGCUGCUGAUGCAUCAUUGCAUGCCAUGAAUGGUAAAACUAUCAACAAUUUUGAGAUUAAUAUUAAUUGGGCAUUUCAAAAUACAUCCAAUACAAACGCUAAUGAAGAAACUUUUAAUGUUUUUGUAGGGGAUUUAUCUCCUGAUAUUGAUGAUGAAACGUUGUUCAACUUUUUCAAGAAGUUUCCUUCCGUGAAGAAAGCUCAUGUUAUGUGGGAUAUGCAAACUUCUCGAUCAAGAGGCUACGGGUUUGUUGUGUUUGGAUCUCAUCAGGAUGCAGAAUUGGCUUUACAAACCAUGAAUGGAGAGCAACUUAAUGGUAGAGCCAUCAGAUGUAAUUGGGCAUCCCACAAGCAAUCUUCCAACCAGAAUCAGAUUAAUAACUUCAGAAAUAAUGGUCAUCGUCAAAAUAAUACUAACAGGUUCAGACAAUUCAAUAGCAAUCACAUUCACCAUGCUGGUAAUGCAUUACCCGGCCAACCUAGCUUCAUGCCCCAUCAUUUGCAACAAACUCAAAUGGGAAUGUCGACUUUUGGGGGUCCUUCACCUGAUGCUUAUGUUCCAGGGAAUCAACAAGUGCAACCGAAUUCCAUAGGUAACCAAAUGCAACAACUUUCUGGUGUUGGCAAUAUGAACGGAAAUGGAAAUUCCACCAAUGGGAUUAACAACAAUGUGAAUCAACAACCCAACAAUAUCAAUAAUAAUAAUGGCAACAUUCCUGUAAUGUCAGCCCAAUCUUACGACAUCAUUUUGAGACAAACCCCAUCCUGGCAAACAACAGUUUACUUGGGGAACAUAUCGCACUACACACAACAGAAUGAUUUGAUACCACUUUUGCAAAAUUUCGGAUUCAUAGUUGAUUUCAAGUUUCACCCGGAAAAGGGUUGUGCAUUCGUUAAGUAUGAUUCUCACGAAAGAGCUGCUUUAGCCAUAGUUCAAUUGGCCGGUUUACAAGUUAAUGGUAGACCUUUGAAAUGUGGCUGGGGUAAAGAUAGACCUCAAAUGGGAAACCAAUACCAAAAUUUCGGUAGAGGUGUCCCACCCCCUCCUAUGUAUGGUCAAGGAAGAUAA